GGCGCGGCGGGCCGAGCAUGGCGGCGCUGCGGGUGCUGGAGCUGUACAGCGGCAUCGGGGGCAUGCACCAGGCCCUCAGAGAAAGCUGCACAUAUGCAGAAGUUGUAGCUGCUGUUGAUGUGAACACUCUUGCCAAUGAUGUUUAUAAGUACAACUUUCCCAGCACGCCGCUAUGGGCAAAGACUAUUGAGGGCAUAACACUAAAAGAAUUUGACAGAUUAUCUUUUGAUAUGAUUUUGAUGAGUCCUCCCUGUCAGCCAUUUACAAGAAUUGGCUUGCAAGGUGAUGUGUCUGAUCCACGGACAAAGAGCUUUCUCUAUAUCCUUGAGAUUCUCCCAAGGCUUCAGAAGCUUCCAAAAUACCUACUUUUAGAAAAUGUUAAAGGAUUUGAAUCUUCUUCUGCAAGAAAUGAACUUUUGCAAACACUAGCAACUUGUGGAUUUAAAUAUCAGGAAUUUCUCUUGUCUCCAACCUGUCUUGGCAUUCCAAAUUCUAGACUGCGAUAUUUUCUAAUUGCAAAGCUUCACCAAGAACCAUUUUCCUUUCAAGCUCCUGGUCAAAUAUUGACAAGAUUCCCAAAUCAGGAUCCAGAAGAUUUACUCAAGGAAAAAGUUGCUGACAAAGAGGGUGAGACCAGUUCUUCUUUGUCCUCUGAAGAGAAGGAUCUGGGUCCAAACAUUGGUCCAGAUUGCAGCAGCAAGAAGAGUUUACCAAAAGAGACCUUUCUAUUUAAGCUUGAAACAGUAGAAGAAAUGGAAAGGAAACGUAAUCAGGAUAAUGAUUCCUCUAUUCAAAUGCUAAAAGACUUCUUGGAAGAGGAAAAUGAAGAAAUGAGUCAGUAUUUUUUACCCCCAAAGUCCUUACUGCGGUAUGCUCUCUUGUUAGACAUUGUUAAACCCACCUGCCGGAGAUCCACGUGCUUUACAAAAGGGUAUGGACACUAUGUGGAAGGGACUGGCUCAGUUCUGCAGACAGCAGUAGAUGUACAGCUUGAAUCAGUGUUUAAACACAUUGAUGAGUUACCAGAAGAAGAGAAGCUUAUGAAAUUGUCAACACUAAAACUGAGGUACUUCACCCCAAGAGAAAUAGCAAAUCUUCAUGGAUUCCCUUCAGAAUUUGGUUUUCCUGAAAAGGUUACAGUAAAGCAAUGCUAUCGUCUUCUGGGAAACAGUCUCAAUGUACACGUGGUGGCAAAACUGAUCUCCAUUCUACUUGAAUAAUUUAGAACCUGAAACUGAUGCAUAUGGACUGGUGACAGACAAAUACUUCCAUCUUUUAGGAGAAAGCUGAUGGAACCUGGACAAAAACCAGAGCUUACCAAGAUAUUUGUCCAGACAUUUUGCUGAACAGUUUCAAUAUAUUUUUAAUUACUUGCAUUCAUGAUGGAUUUGAACUGUGUGUUUUAUUUAAAUGGCAGUUUACAGGACUUAUUUGCUUUAUUUAAAUGUCCUUUUUAGUUUGCAAAAUGAAAAACGGCAACAUAUGCAAAUACUUCAGUGAGAAAGGAUAAUACUUUUUUUUUUUGCCUUAAAACCAUUUUCUCAGGACUGUGUGAAACUGUCAAAGCUGUUUUAAUUAGGUACAGAGACCAAGUUCUACAUAUAAAAUGUCUUUCUCUUUAAAUGUAAGUGAUCCACUCUGAAAAGAUUUUCUGUAUAUAUGACCUGAAAUUUUCGUGUGAUUUUUGUACCUCAUGGAAUUAUUAAAUUCAGUAUUUUCUAUACAA